AUGGAUCUUAACGUGACGGGCGGUAACGCCAGCUGCCCGAUAGACACCAGGGUGGAAAGCGUCCUGGUUCCCAUCCUGUACAUGUUGGUGCUGGUUGUCAGCCUGCCGGGGAACUGCCUGUCCAUCUACGUGGCGUGUACGCACAUAGCCCGGGACAACGAGAUUGGCGUGUACCUGCUAAACCUGUCGGUGGCUGAUCUCGUGUACACGCUCACCAUCCUGUACUGGUUCUGGUGUUAUCUGACCGAGCGAUCGGCGAAUGUGGCUCUCCACAACGGCUUGAACAUCCUGAUGUUCACCACCAUGUACCUGAGCCCUGCCUUCCUCUGCUGCAUCUCGGUGGACCGUUACCUGGCUGUGGCUCACCCGCUCAAGUACCCCAGCUUGAGGACGGUCCGCACGGCCUUUCUCGUCAGCGGCAUCUGCUGGGCUGCGGAGCUGGUCUGCCACACCCUGCUGCUGGUCAGCCACAACGCAUUCUCCAGCUUUUACACCUUGAAGGUCUAUGAGGACACCAUUCCCAUGCCCCAGCCCAUGGUGUUGGAGUACACUGUCCGUUUCAUCAGUGGUUUCUGCCUCCCCCUCAUCCUGAUGCUGUUCUCCUCCCAGCGCAUCUUUAACGCGGUCAAGCACAGCGUCAGCACCCUGGACAGCGAGAAGAGUAAGAUUGGGAAACUUCUCCUCAUCCUGAUCUUGGUGUAUUUUGUCAGCGUGGGACCUUACCAGGUGAUAAUGCUGACCCGAUGCCUUGCCGAGUCGGGCAACUGUGUCUUUGCCCAGAGGGUGUACAUCUUCUACAAGGUCUCCUUCGCGAUUACGGGUGUCAAUUCCGCUGCCGACCCCCUUCUCUACUGCCUACUCUGCAAAGCCGCCAAACAGGACGUUCUGAACUUGGUCAGGUCCUUCAAGAGCAAGUUGCUCUCAAUUCUACCUCACUCCAAAUCGAGAUGCUCUUCAAGUUGA